GCUGCCGAUGGGCUGCUGUGGGAACUGAGCUGCGGAAGCAUUCAGAGCAGAGUCAGUGAAUCUGCUCGGCAGAUCUGGCGAGCGGCAGUCACUCCACACAGAGGACAGCGUGCGUCUGUGGUUGGACGCUCCGGGAAUUAACGCACCCUCUAGAUCAAACACCUUGAUGAGAAGAAGGGUCAAGCUGAAAUUCCCCUCGGACUUUUGACGUUUAGUCUAAGAAAAUCUCAGUGAGAAGGAGAGGCGCAUCUGUUAGCAAUAAUGGGAUUUACACCUUUCGUCUUCAACAAAGUUGUGGUUGCGCUCCUUGUCACCAGCAUCUGCGCGACCAAAAUAAACGUGCCGCGCCUGAGACUCUCCUAUAAAGACCUGCUGUCCACCAACAGGUCGUCCAUCUUUAGCGGCCAUGACGGCCAGCUCUCACUCAGCGCUGUCCUUCUUGAUGAGUACCGUGAUCGGCUCUUCCUGGGAGGUAAAGAUGUCCUGUACUCUGUCAUGCUGAGUCCCGUCAGCAGUGAAUCCAAAGAGAUCUACUGGCCUCCGUUACCUGGAAAGAGAGAAGACUGCAUUCAGACAGGGAAGGAACAGACGGAGUGUGCCAACUUUGUUCGCCUCCUGCAGCCGUACAAUCGCACUCACCUAUUGGCCUGUGGUACCGGUGCAUUCCAGCCCAUGUGUGCCUUUAUCUAUGUGGGCCACAGAGGAGAGCACGUGUUCACCACGAACCCAGUGAAUGUGGAGAGCGGACGAGGAAAGGUUCCACACGACCCCAGCUUUCCCUUUACAAGCACCUUCAGCGGUGGUGAGUUAUACACAGGACUGACCGCAGAUUUUCUUGGAAGAGACUCUGUGAUCUUCAGGAGCAUGGGAGGUCGCACCACCAUGAGAACAGAGACUGACCAGAAGCUUCUUCAUGACCCUCGGUUCAUCGCUGCCCACGUCAUCCCGGAUAACGACGACAGGGACGACGACAAGGUGUAUUUCUUUUUCACUGAGAAGGCCUCGGAGGGAGGGGACAAGGAGGAGGCCAUCCACACACGAGUUGGACGAGUGUGUGUGAACGAUGUUGGAGGACAACGAGUUCUAGUCAAUAAGUGGAGCACGUUCAUAAAAGCCAGGCUGGUCUGUUCUGUUCCUGGACCUCAUGGCAUCGACACACACUUCAACCAGCUUGAGGAUGUUUUCAUGCUGCGGACCAAGGAUGAGAGAAACCCGGACAUCUAUGCGAUUUUCAGCACUAUCAGUAACGUUUUCCAAGGUUUUGCUGUAUGUGUUUACCGCAUGGCUGACAUCAGAGAAGCUUUCAAUGGGCCCUUUGCUCACAAAGAGGGCCCUAACUAUCAGUGGGGCCCCUAUGAAGGCAGGAUGCCUUAUCCAAGACCAGGAGUUUGCCCAAGUAAAAUCACCAACCAGCCCGGCAAAGAGUUUGGCAGCACAAAGGACUUCCCUGACUCUGUGCUGCAGUUCGCCCGCAGCCACCCUCUGAUGUGGCGCCCGGUGCUCCCAGCACUUCGCCAGCCUGUGCUGGUGAAGGCCAACAUUCCUUACAAGCUGAAACAAAUUGUGGUUGACAGAGUGGAGGCAGAGGACGGGCAGUAUGAUGUCAUGUUUAUUGGUACAGACGUUGGAACGGUUUUGAAGGUAAUUUCCCUUCAAGGUGGAAACAGUCUGGAGGCGGAGGAGGUCACACUGGAGGAGCUACAAGUCUUUAAAGUACCAAUCCCAAUCACUUCACUGGAUAUAUCUGUGAAAAGGCAAGCCUUGUAUGUGGGCUCUGCAGCAGGUGUGGCGCAGGUGAAGCUGCAUCGCUGCGAGACGUAUGGGAAAGCCUGUGCUGAGUGCUGCCUUGCCAGAGAUCCGUACUGUGCCUGGGAUGGAUCCUCCUGUGCUCGAUUCGUUCCAAACAGCAAACGUCGCUUCCGCAGGCAAGACGUCAAACAUGGGAACGCCGUGCUGCAGUGUGUGGAUCAGAACGUUGGCGACCUGGACGUGACUGAGGACAAAGUUGUGUAUGGGACGGAGAAAAACAGCACCUUCCUAGAGUGUGUCCCUCGCUCGCCGCAAGCUUCCGUCACCUGGCUCGUCCAACGCGAUGACCGCAAGGAAGAGGUGAAGCUGGAUGAUCGUGUGAUGUCAACAGAUCAGGGUUUGCUGUUUCGUCAUCUCUUCCGUCAGGACGAAGGUGUGUACAUCUGCCGCUCCCGGGAGCACAGCUUCAGCCAAACGCUGGCGCGCAUCUCCCUCCAGGUCCUCCAAGCGGACACGGUGGAUGAGCUCAUUGCCCGCGACAUUGCGGGCAUCUCUGACGGGUUCAAAGACCGGUCUCCAGGGAACCACAGGCCCUGGAUGCCUUGCAGCACGGGGCCUUACAGCAGGGGUCAAAUCGGCCAGUCGCGCACGUGGUUCAAGGACAUCAUGCAGCUCAUCGGGCCGUCUAACCUGCCUCACGUCGAGGAGUACUGCGAGAGGAUGUGGUGCAACGACAAGCUCCGGAGGAAGCACAAGAGCAUGCUGGAGAAAUACCGCCAAGCUCAGGAGAGUGCCAGGAAGGCGCGCAGCAAAGGCUCCGGAGAACGCAACCGGACGCCACGAGAUCUCAGAUUACAGCCAGAGUAACACCGGAGAAAAUGAAGGAUUCGAAAUCAAAGAGGAAAAAUAGAUCCUUCGUUUUCGAUUCGGGUUAGGACGGUUUUGGGAGCCAAUUAAAAACCUGACCUAAUCAGUCAGCGUAUGAGAAUCUGGUGGAUUUGUCUGUUCUUGCCAUAAAAUAAAUAGAAUGUUUUCAUUUAAAAACUAAGAAAAAAGAUGAAUUCAUUCAUUCGAGUGUUUGACAGUGAGCGAUUUUAAUAAAGUUCAUAGGUGAAGGACGUGAACUUUUCUGUCAGUAAAGACUGAGAUGUUAUUAGCACAUGGUAACAAGAGACUUUCAUACUAAAUUGUAUAUUACAGUAUAUUCCCAGAAUGUUUUUUCAGGUGAGAGUUGUCAAGAAUUUCUUCACUCACGUCUUUCUGUUUUUAUGUGACAGUGACAAAUUUUAUCACAGCCAAGAAAACUAAGAAAACUGCAAGCUUGAGAUUUAUAAAACAUGUGCAUGUCGGUGUGAUUUCGCUUAGCGUGGACCUUGUUUCAUGUUUGCUAUUUAUCCUGAGUGACUCUUAUGAUAAUUAAUGUUUUGCUGAUAUCAAGAACAUCUGAGAUUCUCCUGCACACACUCUCACAUUAGCAUACUUCCUUCAAACGUCUAAUCCCUGAGUGCGGUUUGUUCCAUUAUAUAUUUAAUGUUUGAUAUUCUGUACUCUUCACAAACUCGGAUUAUCUGAAAUUUCACUCAGCUACAACACUGAAAGCAUAAGCUCAAGUAUCUAAAGACGAAAUUUUCUGAGACGACUGUUGACGGUUCAACGGAUCAAAGACACAUGGUUUCAUUCUUACUGCCAUGGGCUGAACUUUUCUUUAAACACAAGAUAAAGAUCAAAAAACCCAACUUGCCGACACAGAGAUGGAAACUUCUCUGUGGCGAUUGUUUUGGUUACAGACCGUAACAAACUGUAAGAGACGCAGGAAGACCAAAAAGUGUGUGAACGUCGUGGAUGUGCGGCCAAAACCGGAUCCCACCGAGCAGACCGCGGCAUCUGGCACGGAGAUGUUCUGCAUAUCUCUUGGUUCCUGUGGAAGCGAUCGUCAGCUAUGGACCUGGCUUUGCUGGCCUACAGUUAUAUGGAUCCAUUGCGGGGCAGAUUGAAGGGGGUGGAAGCCGGAGUCGGUUCUUUUAGUUUUUAAAUGAGUUUCGUGACCAGCUCAUUGUCCAGUUGCAUGGAGCUCUUAGUUGUUGCCAGUCAGCUCCAGUGUUUAGUUGGAUGCUACAUUGUGUUUUGUUGCUUUAUUGCAUUACGCAUGAGGCAAUGUUAUUUAUAUAUCGCCAAGGGUUUUUGCCCAAGAGUUGCAGAUCAUCUUGCAUGCUUGGGAACCCUUUUCAUCACAAUGAAAUUAUUUUUUUCUCUCUAAUUGCAUUUUUGGAAAAUCUGUUUUCACAAUUUUUGCUUUUCUAGCUAUUUUAUGCAGUAACAGUUUAAUCUUGUUACUGCAUAAAUCUGCAUAUUCAAUUUUAAGGGACUUUUUGAAAUGAUGGUUUCUUACAUCAGGUCAUUUGUUUUCCACUUUUCUGUUGAGUUCCUCAGAGACAUGACAAGAAACCAUAACUGUCAAGGUUUUUGUGCUUUCUAUUGUGUAAAUACUAUUUUUAAAAUUUUACUUUUAGAACAAUUCUUUAUGUAUUUUCUGUUGUGUAUUUUUUUAAAAUAUGAUUUUUGUGCUUAUUUUAAUUGGAAUUAGCUCAGAUCCACCACUAUAAAGUAAGAUGUUAAAAGUGGAGUAGCAGGGAUACAAAAUAUACUAAAUGGAUUGAAAAUGAAAAUAAAAAAAUCUUUGUGAUUAAAAAAUAAUUUGGAAUGGAAAUGCCAUACACUCAAAUCUGUAGCAGUAAAUUGUAUUUUGUAAAAAACAUUCUUCCGUUUUAA